AUGUCUAGUCGCAAGAAGUCCUGCGUUCCUUGUCGGACUAGCAAGGCGAGAUGCUCGCUGGAUGCGCCUUGUCGACGAUGUGACGAACGAGGGUUGGCCUGCAAGUACGACCAACUGCCCAGACGAACUGCAGCCAGAUCUCUGCGGCCAGCUGUGACGUCUCUUGAAAGUGACGGCCUCGGAGAUGUGAACCAAUCGGUUCACUUUGCCCAGCCUGUAGCGCCUAGAACAGGAGGUAGGCCAAGUAGAGGGACCCCUGGGCCAUGGACUGGAGCAACAAUAGACGAGGUAAACUCGGCUUCUUCGGCCCUUGAUAUGAGUCUAGGAUCUGAUCAAAGCGUAUAUCCAUGGAUGAACUGGGAGAAUUCACAACCACCGUCAAAUCUCCAAUCAUCUUUGGGAUGUGAGCUCAAUUUCUUGAACCAGGCCAUUGAGGGUACAUCCAACUCGCCUUUCAGGAUUCAAACGGUUCUUCCAAACCCGGCAAUGCCCUACAGCACAAAUUCGCUCUCAUGGUUGGAGGAUCAGAAUUUGAAUGAGAUGGAACCCCAGAGGGCUCUGGUCCCCAUUCAGAGCCCUACCUCGCCCAGAAACAGACGGCUCGUCCCGACCCAAACGCCACCUACAACUCUACCGCGAUACUAUGACGAGGCACCACUUAGACCCAGAAUAAGAAAGCCUGCAUCAACAGCCUUCACCGCAAAAGUUCUUCUCGGCCAACUUCUAUCGUAUCCCGCGAUGAUGGCCAAAGGCGGCCGUCUGCCACCGUUCAUCUUCCCGCAGUGUGCGAUCGAUGGCGUUGUAUCACCGGCCGAGUGCAGUGCGCAGGGGUAUCAUCAGUGUUUGCCUGAAGCGCUGGCAAUCUGCUGUAGUCUGGUACAGGCCUACGAAGCGCGGACUCCUGGAAGCACGGCCUUCGUGUGGAAGAGCAUUUACAAGGAGGUUGGCAGGAUUAGAGAUGAGUACGAUUCGUUCAGUCGCAAAGAGCUCGUUUCAGCUGGGCAAGCUAUGACGAUAUACGUACUGUUGCAAGUGAGGGACCAAGACUCCAUCCCCCUCAACGAUAUUGACUUCCUAAUAUCAACCCCUGUUCUACUGGCAAGAAAGCUUUACUUUCAGAUGGAUUACACCUCCAACUUCAUCAACGGCGCUAGCCUUGACCGGCGAGAAUGGGCUCUGAGGGAGAGUGUUCGGAGAAACGUCUGUCUGAACUUUGGGUUCGAGCUGCUCGUCGACGCAGACUUUAGCGGAGGGAAAGCAGCUACCUGUGGUUAUGACAAGGUGGCAGUCCCGACAGGAAGGUAUCUGUGGGAGCCUGUGUCAAAUGUCGAGUGGUCUGCGCGCUACAAGAAGAUGGAAGCAGAGAUUCGGAAGAAGCCAUUGAGUAUCCAAGAUCUGCGACGGGUGAGACGUGCUACGGGAACCGGGACUGGAACCGAGGUGGAGGAGGGGGAGAUGACAUCUCGUGUGUCCGACUGGUGUGAUGGGUUAGAUGAGUUUGGGAUGUUGGUGUGGAUGGCGGUGAUGAUGGAACAAGAGAAGCGGGAGAUUAGACUUCUAAUUGUCGAUCCCAUGGAUAUUGCCGUCAAUACCGUUCAUGCUUCUAUGGAAAUCGUGUCCUUGGAUGGCCAACCUGAAUACGAUGCGUUGUCCUAUGUUUGGGCUUCUUCAUCACCGCCCCGGGGAGAGCGCGGAAAGCUCUAUGUCGAUGGCCACAUUCUCGACGUAACUCAAACACUAUUCCAAGCUCUUCGAUCCAUUGGAAGCUACCAAAAGACCCUUUCACGGCGCAUUUGGGUCGAUGCUGUCUGCAUCAACCAGCAAGAUCACCGGGAAAAGUCUUGGCAGAUAUUGUUGAUGGCCAGCAUCUACAGGCUCGCCUCCACGACAUAUAUAUUCACGAACGAUAAUCUUCAAGGCAUCCGAGCCGCAUCACAACUUGAUGCCCGAAAGUUCCGAGCAGAUAUCAACCACUUCAAGAGAACUGCUGGCGACCAGAAUGCAGACAGACCCCCGCCCGAAUUGAAGCAAGACAAUGUUCAUGUCGCUGUUUGGCGCGACAGCCCUGAAACAUCGAGAAACUGGAGGGCUAUUAAGUUGCUUCUCAGUCACCCUUGGUGGGGACGGAGAUGGGUGAUACAAGAAGCCUUCUUCUCCAGAAAUCCGGUUCUCAUUUGCGGGUCGGCCUCACACUCAUUACCGUUGGACAAGAUCGCCCAGAUAGCCGUUUGGCACCAAAAGAUUGCUUCAUCAGCCCAUAAAGUGCCCGAGUUCAUUCGAACGCUUUUCGACUCGUGCCCUUUCUAUCCGCUCCUCAGGGAGUGGAAACCAUAUCGAACAGACCCCGACGUUCAUAGGGCUCCUCUUCCAAGAUGGAUGACACUAGCAAAGGGCUUCAAACAGAGUCUAUCCAGAGACAUGGUCUUUGGUCUGUUGUCCUUGGCAUCACCUGAAGACCAGCUGAGGAUCAAGCCCGACUACUAUCAUUCAGACGAGACUGUGUUCACGUCCAUCUUUGCGUAUCUAGUGAAGACUUACGGCAUAAACCCGUUCAGAUUUAGAUCAUUGGAGUUUAAGAACCCUCUUCCUUCAUGGUGUGGUAUUUGGGGACCGAGGUACCAAGCUGAGGCAGGUUCGAUGUUGCAUUUCGCAGCCCGUCGGGGCAGGAAAUCGUUCAAAGUCGGAGCCGGGACGAAACGAGUUGCCCGGUUUCUGGAGAACUCUGUGGCAAUUGGGCGAGGAGAAGGAAACGAGAGGGCCAAGGGUGCGGGGCCCAUCGAUAACUCGGUUCUCGCAUUUCAAGGUAUCUGCUUUGACGAAGUCGCUGUAGCGAUACCGAGUGGUAUCACCGCAAAGACCAUUCACACCUCGAGCAUGGCGUCUAUUGAAGAGAGCUUUCAAUCUGCCAUCAAGUGUUGGCAAAGACGUUGGGCUGGCCUCAAGAAUGACCCAUACGGCAGUGGCAAUGACUUUCCUUCGGAUCUCUGUAGAACGUUAUUAGGGGACUGGACGGAGGGGCUGACGGACGACGAGUGGUUGGCCCACUAUCAACUAUGGCUGAAGGGAGUUAGCUGCUGGCAGGCGUCAAAGUGCAAAAGAGGCCUCUCAUUUGGAGCCCGAAAAUGUCCCGAGACUGGGCUGAAUGAUAUGGUUGGGAGGGAAGACUGCUUUUAUAGGAGCUCGAGGAUCUGCUGCUACAACCGGUCUCUCAUGAUCACAGCACGAGGCUUCAUAGGUCUUGCGCCAAUCGACACCAUGGUAGGGGAUACAAUUUCGGUGUUCUACGGGUCUUUGAUACCCCUGGUUCAGAGAAGAAAUGGCGGUGGUGAGUUGUACAGUUUGGUCGGCGAGGCCUACGUUCACGGCAUCAUGUAUGGGGAGGCGGUUGAAACCAAGGACGAGAGUUGUCCCGAGCGAGAGUUUCUAUUGAGCUGA